AUGGGCACUUCCGUUUCACAUUGCCGAUAUAGGAGGGAGCAGCUUUCAAAAUCCCGACAGAAACGAAUCGAUGCCAUUUGGACAGAGAGAACCGUCAAUCGGUUCGUUAGGCUUUGCCAUGCGUCGAAUUCAACGCUUGGCCGACUGCGAAUGACGCUAACUUCUCGCUGGAAUCAGCAAACCAGCUCAGCGCGUCGUCUUGGUUCGCAUCUUGGGCCACCCCUUCGGGAUAUUGCUCGACGAAAGCCCGGCUACACCGCCAAACAAGCAACUCAGCCAACAUCUCAGCCACCGCCUUCUCCACUCACCUCGACAGAUGCCGAAACCUCACCACUGCCGAGUCUACAAGAGCGAAUUUGGAACGAGGCCUACGAUAAGCUCAAAGAGAACGAGCCCAAACUGGUUGGGGUAUACGAGAAGAUCUUAUCAGCUAAGCUACACGGAGGCGACCCGAGCUCUGCUACUCGCGAAUCAACAGACAACGAGAUAGGAGAGACUCCGAGGACACGAUGUGGCCAAAUGCAACAGCUGGUUCAGGCUGGACUGGACCGGACGCAGAAGCAAGCGUCUAUCAAGCAAGGCAUCGACGAAGGCCUGCAAGCGGUGCAGGAGGUCAGAAGAAUAGUGGACAAGGCGCUGCAUGCCGCUCCGGAAGCUGCUGUCGCCUGGGUCGGCGUCUGCCUCGGACUGGAGAUCCUCUCGAACCCCAUCGCCGAGGCACGCGAUAACCGCAAAGGCAUCGCCUACGUCCUGUCGAGAAUGGAGUGGUAUUGGAACUUGGUGUCACUACUUCUCGAUGAGAAUAAGAAAGAGCAAUCCUCUGCGGAACUGCGACGCCAAUUGGAGACGCACGUCGUGCAGCUAUACGAGAAACUUCUCUCGUAUCAGGUGAAGAGUGUCUGCCUUUACUACCGGAAUUGGGCUGCCAUCAUCGGAAGGGAUCUGUUCAAAAUCGACGAUUGGGCUGGCCAGCUCAGCGAGAUCAAGGAAGCCGAGGCUGCCGUGCAAAGAGACAUGGAGCAAUACAAUACCGGAGAGAGCAGAAUGCAACUUCGGAAACUCACCGACGCUGCGGGCGCUCUAGAGAUGAAUCUCCAAAACAUUCAUUCGGCCAUCAAAGGCGUACAUUCGGCCAUUGAAACGCAAACGCAACAUCAAGAGAAGCGGCACCAAGACGACGAGGCGAAGCAAUGCCUGAAAGACCUGCGCGAGACUGACCCUCGCGACGACAAAACGCGCAUCCAAGAGACAAAGGGCGGCCUGCUCAGGGACUCUUACCGCUGGAUCCUCGAUAACGACGACUUCCAGCAAUGGCGUGACGAUCCGCAGAGCCAGUUGCUCUGGAUCAAAGGUGACCCCGGUAAGGGCAAGACGAUGCUGCUAUGUGGUAUCAUCGACGAGCUGGAGAAGGAACCCGGCAAUCACCUGUCCUACUUCUUCUGCCAAGCCACUGAGGCAAGGCUGAGUAAUGCGACUGCGGUGCUGCGCGGUCUGAUCUAUCUGCUAGUUGCCCAGCAACCAUCGCUCAUCCUGCAUAUUCGGGAGAAACACGACCAUGCGGGCAAGCAGCUUUUCGAGGACGGGAAUGCCUGGGAAGCCUUAUCCAAGAUCCUCGCAGCCAUGCUUAAUGACCCGAUUUCAGACGGUGCUAUCCUGAUUGUUGAUGCUCUCGAUGAGUGCAAGACAAGCCGCGACCAACUCCUCGAUUUGAUCAUUAAACCGUCUCGAGCCAAAUGGAUCAUAUCUAGCCGCAAUUGGCUGGAUAUUGAGGCGAAACUCGGCCAUGCAAAGCAGAAGGUCAGGCUUCAGCUCGAGCUGAACCAAGACUCCAUCUCCAAGGCUGUCGACACAUACAUUGGAUACAAGGUGGAGAAACUGGCGGGCCUCAAAAACUACGACAAGGAAACAAGGGACGCUGUUCAACGCCAUUUGGUUGGCAAUGCCGAUGGCACCUUUCUCUGGGUAGCCUUGGUUUGUCAAGAACUGGCAGUUUCCAAUGUCCGAAAACGACAUACGCUGGACACAUUGAAGUCAUUCCCUCCAGGUCUUGAUCCUCUCUAUAAGCGAAUGGUGGAACAUAUCAGCGAUUCGAAAGAUGCAGAUCGUUGCAAAGAUACCCUCGCUCUUGCUUCGGUCGUAUACCGACCCAUCACCCUAGACGAGUUAAAGGCUCUUGCCCAGUCGCUCGACGAUCUUGACCAGGAUGAGUUGGAAGAAAUCAUCAGCUCCUGUGGUUCUUUUCUGACUCUUCGAAAAGGCGUCAUCUACUUUGUGCAUCAAUCAGCCAAAGAUUUCCUGCUCAAGAACGCGUCAAAACAAAUCCUACCUUCUGGCAUUGCGCACCAGCACUAUGCCCUCUUCUCCAGGUCGCUAGGGGUCCUGUCGGAAACUCUUCGACGAAACAUGUACAGUCUCAACACGCCAGGAUUCUCCAUUGAUCAGGUCUCACCGACUAAUCCCGACCCAUUGUCCCCAAUUCGAUAUUCAUGCGUCUACUGGGUUGACCAUCUUCACGACUCAGAUGUCGCAGAAGUCAACGACAUUCUACGGGAUAACGGCAACGUCCAUGUAUUCAUCCAGAAGAAGUACUUGUAUUGGCUGGAAUGUCUUGGUCUGCUACGGAGCAUAUCGGAGGGAAUCAAGGCGGUACACAAGCUCGAGGCUUUAGUGAAAAUCGCGGGAGCGCAGAAACUAACAGAACUACUUCGAGAUGCGCGCCGAUUCAUUCUUUCUCAUGCUCGCACCAUCGAGAUUGCUCCAUUACAGGCUUAUGCGUCCGCACUCGUGUUCAGUCCUGAACGCAGUCUCACCAGAGAGCUCUUUAAGAAGGAGGAGCCGGAUUGGAUGGUGUUGAAGCCAAGAAUGGAGGCAGAUUGGAACGCUUGCCUGCAGACGCUUGAGGGCCAUGGCUGGUCGGUGACGUCGGUGGUGUUCUCGGCAGAUGGCCAGCGUCUUGCAUCUGGCUCAAGUGAUAACACAGUCAAGAUCUGGGACGCGGCCACGGGCGCAUGCGAUCAAACGCUUAACGUUGGGAGAGUAUUAUAUCACCUUUCAUUUGAUCCAACGUCAAAUGCUCUCCUCUCUACCGAUAUUGGACUUCUAAAUCUGGAUCGCCCGGCUCUGCCGCCUGUCAUAAAUGAUCGGUCGACUAAGAUAACAUUACCGCGUGUUAGCCAUUCUGGAUGGGGUAUAAGCGCGGAUGGCGAAUGGAUUGUUGAAGAUGGAAAGAAGAUGCUUUGGCUGCCUCCGGACUAUCGAGGGGGCAGGCCCGCUAUUGAUAGAUCAACGGUCGCUAUCGGCUGUCGAUCAGGUCGUGUGCUAGUGAUGAAGUUCUCUUAA